UAUGAAAAGGCCUCCACAAUAACUAUGGGGUACCCAGUUGUACUCUACACUCACCAUAAAGUAGUAGAACUGAUAGAACAAGGGAAGUUUGUCUUGACUCCUUCUAGAUGUAUAGCUUACUCAACAUUGCUGACCUUCCCAGACAUUACAAUUAAGAGAUGCACAACAGUAAAUCCAGCGGGUUUCAUACCAUUACAAUAUUAUUUACAUUGUGGUAGAUUUUACUCCCGAUACUGUGAAAAUAUCACGGGAAGAAUGUAUUCCUAUUGCCCAGCAGAAUGUUUGACUAUGUUAGGGAACAAAGAUUUCCAUAAAUUCUACAAACAACCAGGGUGGGGGGAUGAAUGUCAACGAAUGGAUAUUAGAAUUGACAUUAGGAAAAGAGAAACUCCUGUAGCUUAUGUAAUUGAUCGAACACUCGAAUAUGAGUGUUUUAACAAAUCAAAAGGGAAACAUGACCUGGGAAAAUUCAGUGGGAAUUGUGCUAUAAUUUGGCAUCUGGAUCAAGAUAUGUAUUAUGCUUCAGGAGUACUCAAGUCAUUUAGUUUAAUAUAUGCUACAGCCACUGUAAAGAUAAACAUGACAAUCAUAACGAUUAAAGAUAACUGUACAGAAGCAACCAUUAGUUUUCCUCUAAUUAGUAGCAUGGAAGAACAAUCAGAGGCAGUGGCAGAUUACUACUGGGUAUGUGGGGGAAGAAGAUUAUGGGCCACACUGCCAAAAGGCUGGAAAGGCAUAUGUGCCAGAGUAAGACUGUUACAAGGGGUGACAGUGAUUGAAGGAGAAUUAAAUGAGAUUAAGCAGACCCCACUAAAAAGACAUAGAGUCAAAAGAGCCUAUGAAGCAGACCCAAAUGUAUACUUGGAUGUGAUUGGUCAGCCAAGGGGAAUACCAGAGAAAUAUAAAGCAAGAAAUGAAAUAAAGUCUGGAUUUGAGUCUAUAUUUGUAUGGAUAACCCCAAAUAAGAACUUAGAAUGGAUAAAUUAUAUUUACUAUAAUCAGCAGAGAUUCAUCAAUUAUACUGAUGAUGCCUUAGAUGCCCUGGGACAACAAUUGGGUCCCACAAGUAAAAUGACAUGGCAGAAUAGACAGGCACUGAAUUGGCUCCUAGCAGAAAAAGGAGGAGUGUGUGUAAUGUUUGGUUCUGACUGUUGUACUUAUAUUCCAAAUAAUACAGCCCCAGAUGGAUCAUUCACCAAAGCUAUGGAGAAACUGAAAAACCUGAGAGAAGAAGUGACCAAAAACGCUGGAGCAGACAUGCAAAAUUGGGAUUGGUUUAAUUCAUUUUUUGGGUCUUGGGGACAAUGGUUAACUAGAGUGGGCAUCAUAGUUGGCAUUGCUGUUGUUGUGUUUCUUUUGUUGUUUUGGAAUGUUAAAGGUUUUAAGCAGGUCAUUGUCCGUGUUACGAGGCAAUGCAACCAGACAAAGGGGACGAUAAAGAAAGAUUACUUAUUUUCAUCAUUUAAAUUCAUUAUCAGUAUAUCAUUUGUUUGUUCUUAAACACUGGAAAAAUCAUCAAAGUAUGUAAAGAAGAAAGGAUCGACGAGCACCUCAGUGCUUAGCAACACGAGUAGAUUCAACUGGAGGUUUAAAAACCCACCAUCUACUCCAACACCAGAUAGCGCUGGAGGGCAAGGGAGCUUGCCUGAGAGCUCCUCUGGCAACGAAGGACAGCAGCACCAGACAGCGCUCCAAGCUACCGGCAAUGCUUGGAGUUCCUCUGGCUACGAGGGACAGACCAGUGCAUCAUUUAUUACAUCAUUUUGUUUGUUUUAAUCAGUUAACUAAUCAUUCAUAUAUACUACAUAACCAUGACAACCAUGGGCAAGGCUUGGACAUCUCAUGAGCACGUGCAUUGACACAUAUUAUUGAUUUUUUGACCCCCAAGAAUGUAUAGAUAGGGAAGUAGAUUCUUUUACUCUUCUCUGGUCAAUAGUGAGGAGAGAUGUUUGGAUCUGACUUCCUCUGGAGUGCAGCAGCAUAAAGAAACCAUUUGGUAAAAAGUAAUGGUGGACCUUUAUUGGUUCAUAGAAGGAUAGAAGGAUGGGUGGAUUUAUGGUGUUGCACUCUAGGCAAAGGGUUUAGCGGUGAGGCUUGGUGAAGCCUCAGAGGGGGGAAUAUAUUGUGUAAUUUUAUUGAACGUUAUGUGAAAAUGAAAGUAAUGUGAAAAUGAAAGUAAUCAGUAUAUAAAUUAAUAUGCUGAAUUAUGUUAACCCUGGAUGUAGUGAUGGGGAAUGAUGAACGUAUAAUGGUCUUUUCAUUAGACAGUGGACCUUUCAUUAGACAGUACACCAGUGAACUUGAAAUAAUCUAAUAUUAUCAGGAACACGUAUAAUGGUCUUUUCAUUAGACAGUGGACCUUUCAUUAGACAGUACACCAGUGAACUUGAAAUAAUCUAAUAUUAUCAGGAACACGUAUAAUGGUCUUUUCAUUAGACAAUGGACCUUUCAGUAGACAGUAGACGUAAACAUGAAAUAAUCUAAUAUUAUCAG